AUGCAAGUCGAUGGUGUCAGUAUGGGUUCACCACUCGUACCAACCCUUGCAGAUAUUUUCAUGACGCAUAUUGAAAAGAAAUUAGAACAGUAUGAACAUAAAGAUCGAAUCAAAAUUUAUUUAAGAUAUGUCGACGACACUUUCAUAAUUUUCAAUGGAAAAGAAUCAGGUGUAGAAAAAUUAGUUAAAUUUGUUAAUGAACUUCAUCCAAAAUUAAAUUCUACCUGUAAAGUCGGGAAAAAUUAUGAAUUACCAUUUCUUGAUGCAAAAGUAUCAAAACAAAGAACAAAAUAUGAAACAACUGUUUAUAAAACUGAGACUAGUACCAGUCAAUUACUACAUUGGCAAUCAUGCCAAGCCAAAAAGUAUAAAAUUAGUUUAAUAAAAACAUUAACAUAUUGA